CAUUGAUUCGAGUUGACCUUUGUGUGUGUACAAGACGCGUAAUAAUUUUAUCGUCUCCGCUCCCAUCCCUCAUUGCAACAUUUCUUUUUUUCGAGACACCCUCUGCCGGUUCCCACGCCGCCGCCGGGAUCGGACACUACGCGGGCUGCGAACCAUGGCUGGACUGCUGCAGCGCGAUUGCAGGUAACUAGACGCACGCACCCUUGACGCCGGGCCCCUCCAUCGUUUAGAAUUAGCCAUACGUAUAAGAAGUACGCCGUGAGCGAAACGUCGUCUCAGCGGCUCUUCUUCUGUUGCCAAUGUGGUGGUAAACGUGGGAUACCGACUCUCCCCGCGUUCCCUGCCUUUCCUCAUCCUGAUUCCUGUUUCUCACACGGCAUGUCCGUGCUCCUCCUUCUCUAGCUUGGCAACCCAUCACCACCAAAGCACUUCGAUCCGGCAUGCUGGCCUCCGCCCUCAACGCGGGCGUCGUCGUCACCGCCACCGCGGCACUGCUCGCACACGCCGAUGCCGCGUUCCCCGAGUUGCCGCAGCUGCAAUUGCCCGUCGAGCGAGCCGCCAAUGUCGCCGACGGGGUCGAGGAUAGGUGGCAUGCGCCUCGGCAGACCAGCCUCAACAACCUCACGGCGGUGCUGAGCGGCUCCGGCGUUUACGGCUUCAUCUACAACUCGUCAUCUACGCCGAGUGAGCGCUAUGGGACAUACAACUGGUGCAAUAUGCCACACGUCAGGCGCACCGAGUACGUUCGGCCGCCGCCCGAGUAUGAGCUCCAAUAUGUUGAGCUGAUCCAUCGCCACCACAAACGCACACCGUACGCCUCCAAUGCCUUCCCCUUGGAGUCGUAUCAGUGGGACUGCGACGAUGCCCGCCUCUACCUCUAUGGUGACCCCCUCGACGGCCCUGAUCCGGCCAAGGUUUUCCGCAAGGGAUACAUCUCCCCCGUGAACCCCUUCGUUCCAUCUGGCUGGGUCGGCACCUGCAGCUUCCCCCAGAUCACCGCCGAGGGCCUGGUCGAUUCGUGGCAGCACGGCGCCGACCUGUACGGCGUCUAUCACGACCUCCUUCACUUUCUACCUGCUCGCAGCGCAGAAUUCAAGUCUGCUGUUCGGUACCGGGUCACCAACAACGUCAUCACCAGCCAGGUUGCCGGCAUGGUCAUCGAUGGCAUGUGGGGGACCGCCGAUGCCGUUCCACUCAUGAUCCAGGCUGAGGGAGUGGACAGCCUCGAACCACAGUACACUUGCAAGACUGCCAGCAAUCUCUUCGGCGGCAUCAAGUCGGACGGAAACCCGGCGUGGAGCAAGCACCUCACGGAAUCAGCCAAUCUGUACCGCACCCUCGAUGACAUAUCGGGGGUCCCAUCCAACGACGGCGGAUUCCAUGCGUCCUUUGAUCAUUACUAUGACAAUCUCUCGGCUCGGCAGUGCCACGGAAAACCACUCCCGUGCAAGCUUGUCAACGGUGUCAACACCUCCACGUGCGUCACUCAGGAGCUCGCCGACGCCGUCUACCGUCUAGGCCACUGGGAAUACAGUCAGAUCUACCGCGACCACCCGUCGUCUCUCCUGGCGAGCGUGGGGUCCCUUGGCGUAUGGGUUGGAGAGUUGACAACUCAUCUGCGCGCUUUCAUGAACGGGUCGACAGAAGUCAUCUACUUCCACAACAUUGCCCAUGACGGUUCUGUCUCCCGGCUCCUGUCGGUCCUCCAGCUGGACGAGAUGGUGUGGCCCGGCAUGGGAUCUGAGGUGGUUUUCGAGCUGUACAAACGCAAGUCUAAGCAACCACAGCCCACAUCCAGCCCCGUCAGUUCGGCUUGCAGCCACGACAACUGCCUCCGCCACUUGAUACGGCACCCGGCCACAGCGUCGGCGAUUUGCGAACUCGGCCGCCCGACUCCCACCUCUGGAUCCGUUGCGGCUCCCACACGGCCAUCUCAGUGUCGUGAUUCUAACGCGGUAACAUCCGCAUGCUCCUGUCUUCAAACUGCCACUGCGACCGGAACCCCUGCCCCCACACCGACGACAGCUCCGCCAAGCGCAAGCGAACAUUACGUGCGAGUGCUCUUUGGCGGUCGGGUCCUCAAGUCCUCCGACCCUUCACUGGGACUGAUGGACAUGAUUCCAGUGGAGACGUUGCUGGAGUAUUUCGACCAUUUUGUAGGCAAGGGCGCCAGCCUGGUAAAGUCCAGAUGUCAAGAAUAAGUUCGAGGUGUAGCAGAAUUGUGAAUAUUGCGUUUGUGCUGAUGGCCGAACGAGUCUCGAUGACGGGACGGUGGUGCACUAGCCUGGCUC